CCCCCCCCACGCGGCACCCGCCGUUCCCCACGGGCCACUUCCCCGCCGGUGCUCACUGCACACGCUCCUCUCCCGCCUCCACCACAGUAGAGGCGGAGCUCCCCAUACCGCAGGGUGGGUAGCUGCCCCAGCUACCGGCGAAGGCGCGGAGCAGAACCCCCAUCCCGGCAUCACCCUUCGGCCCCUCCCAUGGCGUUCCAGGCGACGGAUCAGCCGAUCGGUGGAUCUGUCUGUCGGCCGGAGGAAGACGACGGCGUGGAAUUUCGUUUUGGGCAGGUGGCUAGUCGAGACGGCCCAUUUAGUUUAGCUUUUGGCCCACUGACGCACUGAAUGAAGUGCCCCUGCGGCCCGACGCCCACUCCCGUCCCGUCCCUCGGUCGGUCCGUCAGCUCCGCCUCCGCCCGACGCCCCAACGGCCGGCUGGGAGCCGGGAGCGGAACCCUAGCCGCCGCCGGCCGGCUCCUCACGGCCUCGCUCCCUCCCCUGCAUCCCCGCCCUCCAUCUGCUGCUUCGCGCUGUGCGCUCGCCGCGCCGCCGGUCUGAUUCGUGGUCUGGAGGAGGAGGCGGAAGAGCAAGGGGGCGGCGGCGUGGAUGCUCCUUCUGGGCGCCGCCGGGGACCUGGACGCUUUUGCUGGGCGCGGCCAGCGCCGUGGACGCUCCUGCUUGGCGCGAGUCUGCCCCGCCUGAACUUUCCGGCGAGCUACGCCUGUCCACAGCCUCCCCAUCCCAUGGGCGACCCGCACCUCCUCUCCUCCGCUCGAAAACACCCUGGUCUCAUCGACGAGCGCUUCUCCGAUCCCAGCCCGUCCAUCACCAAGCGGCCUAGGGUUGCGGCGGAGCCGCCCGCGCCCAGUGACGCGGCUCCGUACCCCGAGGCGGAGGUCCGGUCGCUCGUCAUGAUGGCCGGAGGAAUCUACCCUCUGGCACGGGCCGAGGGGCUCCGCGGCCUCGCCGCGGUCCUCGAGAAGGUGGACGCCGGCUGCGGUGUCGGCGCAAGGAUUGCGGAGUGCUGCUACGAAUGCGCGACGGAGCUCAUGAGGGAUGACGACGAGGGCGUCAGGUUGGCCGUCGUGCGAUUGGUAGUCCUAUGUGCUCAGAAGUUUGCUGCAAGAAUGGAUAUCGAUGCCAAGGGCCUUGGUGACCUCAUGGACUUGAUUUUCCUACAGCUAAGCUCCAUGGCUAGGGACAUGUGCACAAAAGUGAGAAUUGAAGCAUUCAGUGCCCUUGGUAAAAUGCAACGAGUUUCUGAGGGUGUAUUACUUCAGUCGCUGUCUAAGAAGGUUAUAAAAACUGACCCUAUGAGUGGUUGUAUCAUCAACGGGCAGAAGUUACCUCCUAAGAUAAAAAUUCCCUGUGCUGCUGGCAUUUUUGCCCAUGGAAUUGAAGAUGAGUUUUACCAGGUGCGGACAGCAGCUUGCACAUCAUUGGGAGCACUGGCAAAGUUUUCUGGUCAGUAUGCGGAGAAGGCCUUGGACUUGUUGAUGGACAUGAUGAAUGAUGAUACAGAAGCAGUUAGGCUGCAGACUUUGAAAGCACUAUUUCAUAUGGCAACAUAUGGAUAUUUGAGAAUGGAAGAGAAGCACAUGCAUAUGUUUCUUGGCUUGCUGGUUGAUGCCAAUCACUUAAUUCGAAAUGCAGCACACAAGAUUCUUGGGUUAGUCAACCUGCCCAAACUUCAAAUGUUCAAAUCUGCACUUGAUGGUCUCAUUACAAGUUUGGAGAAAAAUCCUGAGGAACAAGACAUAUAUGGUAUUCUGUUUUCUAUUGGUAAGAAUCAUGGGAGCUUUUCAGCUAACAUAGCUAAACAUUUGGCCAAAGAGAUCACUAUGGCAUCUGACGGAGAGCUUAUCUUGGACAAACCUAGGAUCAAAGCAUUGCUAAUAGUAUCUAUCUCAGCAUCUUUUUCUGAUGAUAAGCACAAGAAGUUGGACAUACCUUCAAUUAUCUUCGCACAUGCAAUUUCCCUAUUGGAGAAGUUCUCGUCUGCACUCGGAGAAGAGGUUAAUCAGGAUUCAAUUUUAUCCUACUUGUGUCAUAAAGGUGGAAUGCCAUUUUGGGGAAACAGAUCAAUAUCUACAGAGUUUGGAGAAUCAGAAAGCUGCAAAGUUGAAACUGUGGAAGUUGGUGGCAAAAUAGAAAAUACUGCAAAGGCAGCUAAGGGUCUAGACAGAGUUCUGGUAAUGCAAUCCAUGGAAUCCAUACUGCAAACUGUUGAAGGAGCCUGGACUACGAAAAUGACAAGCGAUAUUUUUGGAGCCCAAACUAUUUUGAGAACAUGCAAAGAAGAGUUAAAAGUAUUUGCUGAAAAUUCUGCUGGAUCAAUUGGUGCGUUCUCAAACUUUCUAUGUGAGUAUCUUCAUGCAAUACACUUGAUUGUUGAAAUAUGGCAGUUGAUUAAAUUGGAUAAUUCUUAUACUUUUGGCCUAACAUCACAUGAUAUUUUACUGGAGAAGUUGAAUAUAUCCAUAAGAAGGAUGGAAUACUGUUAUGCUGGAUUAAAUAGAGAAUUGGAGGUUCAAGUGUUGGAGCUUUCUUUGUUAGCUAAUUUAUUUGGAUUGUCAAAGAUCGAAGCUUGUUCAAAGGUAGUUCUGAGUAAGUUGCUCUGGAUUAUUAGUCGCCUAGAUGGUCUGUGCGCUGAUGGGUCCUGUGAACUGUCUGACUUCAUUAGAGAAAUUAAGAAAACCUUUGAUGCCAACCCUAUUGGCGAUACUAUGAUCGGCAACAUUCACACUUUGUUUGGACUCUUCCGUGUAAAACCAGCAAGAGAUUUUGGAAUGCUUAAAGAGAUAAGUGCAGUAUUGCAAGUUUGUGAUAACAGUUCUGAGAAUCCACUAUCAUACAUUUGUGGAUUACCAGUGGGUGUCAGUUUUAACAUAUCUCUGUGGAACAUAUCUAGUCAUCACAGAUUGUGGUUCCGCAUGAGCAUUGGUGAGUCCAUGCAACAUGCCUUCUUAGAGUUUUCCUCUUUUGAAGGUAAUGAGGAGGUGAAGAACGGCUCUAUGGUUGUUCCUCUUGAUGCUACUCCAAUGGCGCAUUCAUUCGUCCUAAGGGUAUGUCUGCUAAUGGAGUGUUCAUAUGGUAUCAGCACCAACCAGGGAGGACAUGGAGGGCCGAGUGAUUGUGUUGUCCAACUCUCUGAUGAACUGGAUGUAUAUUUUGUCAGUACUGGGCAAAGGUGAUGAAACCAGUGUUCACCACAUUCGUAUCAUCUUCAACACUUUGCUCGAGUGUCAUGGAUGGUUGCAUGCUUUGCACAAUGCAAAAAGUAGAUUGUAACAGGAGGCUAGAAAUAAAAGUAUCAUGCUAUCCAUAUUGAAUUAUUCGUGUUCGAUGUGGAUGGACGAGGCAAGUUACUUGGAAAAUUCUCGCCUCAGUCAUCCAAGAUUUCUGAGAAAAAGAUGUUCUAUUUUUGUAGCAGUAGCACAAGCAAAGCAGAUGUGCCACGUUUCAUAACCCUAUUUAUAAUUUGAAGGUGCAAAUGAUUUGCAAUUGUGUUGAA